GAAUUCACAUCGAUUCAUGUUUAUGUUUGCAAAGCAAAACGCCGACAGUUUGACAUAAACAGAAGCAUUGUCAACGUAGCACGUGAUAUAAGAGAAACGAUAAAUUUGAAAAGAAACACUAUUAUUUGGAUCGGUGAUUGACAAAAACCGAGCAAAAAUGGAAGUGGAUAAAGUAGAGGCUUUGAUGUGCGAAUAUUUAAUGAAUGUUGAACAUGAAGCCAAAAUUGUGCUUGGUCGACUUGAAGAGAUCGGACAGAAAAUUGACGACACAUUUGUGAAUCACUUCGUUGGAAACACAAUUGAUCGUUUCAAACAAGCGUGUGAAUCCUAUAGUGCCAAAGAAAAGUUGAAAGAUUCACAUAAGAAUGCUAUGACAACAACAAUAACCCCAACAGCGGUUGAAACUGAGUUUACUGAUGCAUCAAAUGGAAGAGAAAGAAAACGUAAAGCCGAAAACGUUGAAGACAACCCGAAACGGCAAAAACUUAUUGAACCAAAUUUGAAUGACACGGGCAACGAUACCACAGUCAACAAAGAACAGUUCAAAUAUACAGAUUUCGUGUGUGUUUAUUGCGUCGAUUCAAGCAAUUUCAGUAAAUCAUGCCGAGGUACAAUCAAUGAUGUGUAUGAGCAUUGGCUGACUGAGCACCAUGCAAACAAAUUGCCUUCUGCUCCGUUUAAAUUUUAUGCUAUACCUGUGGUCAAUUGCUUCCAUUGUAAUGAAAUCGGAAGCUAUUAUGAUUUGGUGAAGCAUCACAAGGAGCAACAUGAAGACGAACAAUUUGCGAUUGUCGAACAAAUAAACCUCAAACAAUGCGGUAUUUGUCAUGUCAAUGACACCGAUUUGUUAACACAUUUUAAACUUAAGCAUGAUUUGAGUUCGACACCAAAGGUCUUCAAUCCGAUUUACUUUUCAGAAGAAAAGAUUUCCGACCUUCUAGCGAUUUCUGUGCACAAGCAAUGCAAAAAAUCUCGUCAAAUAUUCAAUUCUGACGUAGAAGCCCUUGAUCAUAACUCCGUUUCAAACGGUUGUCAAGCAGAUGACCUAAAUGAUGACAAUUCAACUGCACCAGCAUAUUUGAUAUGUGACUUCUGCCAUGAAAACGUCGAUUGCAAUAGCCUCUUGAACCAUUUUCGUAUGCAUACAUACGAAUUCCAUUGCUCACAAUGCCCGUUUCAAUCGGACGACAUCUCGGAACUAAUAAUCCAUGAGAACAGCAUUCACAAGAUCGAUUCAUUGAACUACCAUUGCUCCAUUUUUCCUGGAUGGAUUAAAAACAAAUAUUUCAACACGAAUAUGGUGUUCAGCAAUGGAUUGACACUAAAAAUGUACAACGUGCUUGAAACAAAAUAUGACGAAAGCAAAUCGUUCGAUAUAUUCUUGGAAGCGUUUGUGAACACAAAGAAAAAAUAUGUACAGUUAAAGAUUGAACUGAAUGAACCAAAUGAAAAUUCGAAUGAUAGCGACGAACAAAUUAUUUAUCAAACCGCAAAAAAUGUAGCAACGGCUGACGUAAUAUCAUCACCAGAUCAAUUUACAACUGAAACAAAUGGAACGCCUGUGAACGAUGAACUGAUGAAACAACGAAAAUUGGCACGAAACAUAUUUGUGCAUGGAAUCUCCGAUGAAUUUAAAGUCCAAAAUCUUUACGAUACGGUCUUGAAACUAUGCCGAAAACUAAGAUUGAGCAGCAGUAUUACAGGGAGUAGCAUUGAAGAAAUUGAGCAAUGUAAAGAUGGACUUAUUGUUAAAUUUUUUCGAAUGAACACAAAAAAAUUGGCUAUCCGUACAAGUGGAUAUUGUUGGUCAAAUGAUUUGCUUGGAUCGUCGGGGACUCAUUCUCAUACAUCAAGAAAAGUAUAUAUUCGCAAUCAUAUGACACCAUUUUAUCAAUCAUUGUAUGCGGUUGCAGCCGGAUUGAAAAGGCAGAAAGUUUUAUUUUCAUAUAAGCUAGGCAAAAAUGGGCUUGUCGUCCAACGGGACCCAGGUUGCCAAGAGAAAAUUGUUAAUUCAGAAAAACAAUUGUUGGAGUUUGUUGGAAAAUCCGCUUGAAAUGUAAUUUUUAAUACAUGUUCGAAACAUGUAAAAAUUUGGAAGAAAAUUAUAAAAUUUUAAUUACUUAAAGAAGUAAAUAAUCAAUAAAGUCAUCAAAUGUAUUUUGAUUUAACAUUUAC